AUGGCGGUUUCACGGUGCUUACCCACAAAAUCACAAUUUCAUUUUAAACAUGUAGCUAUUGACCUGUACUACCCAUCUUGUAAUGUGGUUGUGGAGUCUAUCUACUACAGCCUAGUUAGCUGCUCUUUUGCCCAAGAAGUUUGGGGCAUCUUGUUGUUGGAUGUUAAUGUAGGUGAUUUUGAGGUGUUUGAUGUUUGGUUUGAAGCCAUUCUUAAAAGAUUUGAUCACCCCAGAGUGGAGAAGAUAGCAACUGUCGAUUGGGCUCUUUGGGGAGCGAGAAACAAUUUGGUUUGGAAUAAAAUAGGAGUAACUGCAGCUGCUUUGGUUACAUCAGCUUUACUUUGCCUUGAACAAUGGACUAAUGCUCAGGAUAUAAAUUUUGAUGACUCUAUGGAGUCUUUGCUUCCUGGGGACAGGAGUGAGCAUUGGGUUAAGCCUCAUGAGAACACUCUCAAGGUCAACCUUGAUGCAGCCCUUUUCACAGAUCAUAUGAGAUUCAGCUACAUCUUGGUUGCAAGGGGAGCAGACGACAGAUUGGUGGUAGCAAAAGUAGUGUGUAAACCAGGUCAAUUUCAGCCUGAGGUGGUCGAAGCAUUUGGGAUGAAGGAUGCCCUGAGUUGGGUUCAAGGACGACAGGAGCAGAAUUUUGUUAUUGAGACUGACUGCCUUAGUGUAAUACAAGCUUUAAGGAGCUCAAUUCAUAUGAGUUCUUAUUUCAGAGUGGUCAUUCAAGAUUGUAAGAUUUUGUUAUCUCAUUUGCAUAAUAUUUUGUUAUGUUUUAUGAAGCACUCUGCAAAUAGAGGUGCUCCUUAUUUGGCACGAGCAUCAUAUGUUACUUCCAAGCUUAUGUUUAGGGAGAGUAAUGCUCUAUCUGAGUAUAGUGAUGUAUUGCUAAAGGAUUUUUUUUUAAUGAAGAUUAUAUUUUCAUUAAGAAGAAAUAUUACUAAUAUCUUCCAUUGA